AUGUUCAUCUGUACACCUUUACUACUCUUUUUGUCGGCUCUCUCGACUACAGCAAUGGGUGACCCGGAAAUUCAUUCAGCACAAAUUACACCAGCCCCUACUACUUUUAAAAGCCUCGUCCUCCGUGAUACUGCUGAUGCUACAACUACUACACAAGGUCCCCCUCCCGAAAUUGUUAGCGUCGAACCAACACCUUUUCCUUCCUUCUGCUGCUCUUAUAACACUACGGAAAUAUCAGGUUCUCUCGAUAAAGGAAGCUACGUUCUCAACUUGAAUGGAUUUGGAAACACAGAUUCGUCCCCCGCACAUUCGAGCAAGACUAAGGAUUUUAGUAAAUGUGUCCCUAGCCUCAGAAAUGCGAUUGACGAAGCUUUUAUGUCAGAAAUUGGAUAUGAAAAGUCACUUGAGUGUUAUCCAAGUUACGGAGGUACAAAUGAUACAUAUGUUGUAAUAGAUAUGACAGCUCGCCAUGAAGAUCACGGGGCAUCUCUCCUAGAAGUUGUGAGAAAAUGGGCUCCAGGCUGGGCGGCGCCAAGUGUGGCAGCAGCGGCAGGCUCGGAACCAACACAGUGGAUGGAUCCUCGAAGUCUUAUUCCGGAUGAUGCAACUUGUCAGAUGGGUGGUUCAUGCUCUGGUCAACAAGUGAGAUUUCACUUUUCAUUCCCUUAA